AUGGAUAAUAUGUUACAGCAAAAAAAGAAAACCACAGGGCGUAGGAAGAUUGAGAUCAAGAAGCUUGACAAAGAAACCAACAAACAAGUCACGUUCUCGAAAAGAAGACAAGGGUUAUUCAAAAAAGCGAGUGAACUUUGUGUUUUAUGUGAUGUUCAUGCAGCGAUCAUUGUUUUUUCUCCGGCCGACAAACUAUAUAGUUUUGGUCAACCAAACACCGAUGCAAUCCUCAAUAGCUACAUCAAUGGAACAACUGAGUUCACGGAUGCAAAGUCGAUGGAAGAUUCUUCAACCUAUGCCGAGUACAACGGACAAUAUGAGGAGUCACUAAAGAUGUUGGAGAUGGAAAAGAAGAAACUUGCUGAAGUUGAAAAUUUGGCUAAGACUUGGAAUAGAGGUGAUUGGUGGAAUGAUUCAAUCGAUGAUAUGAGCAUUAAUCAACUCGAACAAUUUAUGAUUUCUCUUUAUGAGUUAAGGAAGAAGCUUUUCGAAAGGGCUGAUGGACUUUCGAUGAUGUUUCCCUUUUGA